AUGAGACCUCCGGUGGCCUCCGUCAACACUGUCCUUCCUUUCGCCUUACCUCCAAGUGGCAGCCUAUCAGCAUACACACCAAAUUGGGGGAAGGGGGUGUUCGACGCAUCCGGAAAGUACCCCACGGGCCUGUUCCAAGGGUCUCACGUCGACUUGGGCGCCUUUGAUGAGUGCUUAGAGACCAUGGUCCUCGACGGUUCUGGCCAUGUGACUUCACGAGGCCAGUACUGUAAUCUGCAGUUUUACGUAAAGAAUUCCACCGCAUGGCAGAAGAAGAUGGAGCCAAUCUUGCAGGUCAUGGAUCCAAGUAUAUUAUACUACAAAAAUUAUUUCUUCCUGGAAGAGCUUCCAAUAGUUCGCCUGGGAAUCUGCGUUUUAGACGACUGCACUCAAGACGAUCUACAAGCUUUAGUAGACUCAGUAAAGCCUUCCGUGCUUCAUAUUGAAGUGUCCAACUGCCUCACAAUAGAGUCUGAACCGUGGAGCACAACACAAAAGUCCGUUGUGUGA